CCGUGUCACCCAAGAAAAAGCGCUUCCCAAACAACCAAAACACAAACACCAUCUCACACGUGCGAUUCGCACGAGUCUCAUUCAUUUCUCUCUAUAAAUCUUCCAGAACCUUCCUUCUCAACCUCCGUGUCCGAACUCCGAUCUCAACCAUCAAUUGUUUGCGAAAAGUUGAAGAAAAUGGCGACAAAGAGAAGCGUUGGAACAUUGAAGGAAGCUGAUUUGAAAGGAAAGAGGGUUUUCGUUAGGGUUGAUCUGAAUGUUCCUUUGGAUGAUAACUUGAAAAUCACUGAUGAUACCAGAAUCCGUGCUGCUGUCCCUACUAUCAAGUACCUGACUGGUUAUGGCGCUAAAGUCAUCCUCUCUUCCCAUCUGGGACGUCCAAAGGGUGUAACACCUAAGUACAGUUUGAAGCCUCUUGUACCAAGGUUGUCUGAACUUCUUGGAACAGAGGUUAAGAUUGCUGAGGACAGUAUUGGAGAGGAAGUUGAGAAGUUGGUUGCACAAAUUCCAGAAGGUGGUGUUUUGCUUUUGGAGAAUGUGAGGUUCCACAAGGAAGAAGAGAAGAAUGAUCCCGAGUUUGCUAAGAAGUUGGCUUCACUUGCUGAUCUUUAUGUGAAUGAUGCAUUUGGCACUGCCCAUCGUGCUCAUGCUUCUACAGAAGGUGUUGCUAAAUACUUGAAGCCCUCUGUUGCAGGAUUCCUUAUGCAGAAGGAGCUUGAUUAUCUAGUUGGAGCUGUGUCAAACCCCAAGAAACCGUUUGCUGCCAUUGUUGGUGGUUCAAAGGUGUCUUCCAAAAUUGGAGUUAUUGAGUCCUUGUUGGAGAAGGUUGACAUUCUCUUGCUUGGUGGAGGAAUGGUUUUUACCUUUUACAAAGCUCAGGGUCUUUCAGUUGGGACCUCUCUUGUGGAGGAAGACAAGCUUGAUCUUGCAACUUCACUUCUUGAGAAAGCCAAGGCUAAAGGAGUUUCCCUUUUGCUUCCAACCGAUGUGGUUAUUGCUGACAAGUUUUCUGCUGAUGCUAACGCAAAGACUGUACCAGCAUCAAGUAUCCCUGAUGGAUGGAUGGGAUUGGAUAUUGGACCUGAUUCUAUCAAAACAUUUAACGAAGCUUUGGACAAGAGUCAAACCGUCAUUUGGAAUGGACCAAUGGGUGUGUUUGAGUUUGAUAAAUUUGCAGCUGGAACAGAGGCCAUAGCCAAGAAACUGGCAGAAAUAAGUGGCAAAGGAGUAACAACCAUCAUUGGAGGAGGUGACUCUGUAGCCGCUGUGGAGAAGGCUGGACUAGCAGACAAGAUGAGCCACAUCUCUACCGGCGGAGGUGCCAGCUUAGAGCUUCUUGAGGGAAAGCCACUACCUGGAGUCCUUGCUCUUGAUGAUGCUUAAACAUGUUGUAUUUUGUGUUUUAUUAUAAUGGUUGGGUUUCAACCAAUGUUGGUUUGAUUGAGGUUGUGACUAAAGAGCUGCUCUUUUAGAAGGCUUAAAUAGGAUAGUUUUCAUAAAUAAAAAUGUUUUUGCGGCAUCCAUGGUGCUUGAUCAAAUUGUUACUGGAUAAUGUUCAUUUUUAAAGGAGUGCUUAUGUAGUUGUUUUCCUUUUGCUUUA